CGUCGUCGUCGUGAUGAAAGACCCCGGCGGCGUAUUUACUAUUUCCAAGCUGUGGAAUGUAGUUCUUCUUCUUUACGCCUCAAAUCAACAAGACCUACAACCAGUUGCAACCGUUUUUUUUUUGACAUCUGACUUCCUUGAAAGAAGGGUGGAAGAAUUGUUGUCUUCACGCUAAAAAGCUUAUUAAGCUUUUCAACAUCAUCAAGAUCAAUUGCGAUCGAGAGAUCUGCACACUGAGUACUGUACUUACUUACCACAUCAAGUGGGCGGGGUAGAAGUAAACAAGAAGAAGUGUAGACUCGAGCUCGUACAACUACCAAUCGCCUUGUUGUGCUGGAAGAUUGUACAACGACAGCAAGAAAAUGAAACUCGCCAACAAGAAUAUGAAAGCUACCUUCUUCCUCGCCGUGGCUCCGUUUGGCGAGAAGUCGGGGACGAAGAUGAUGAUGCAGAUCGUUUCCGCCGUGGAGCAGGGUAAGAAGAAGAACACUAAUGGUCCGGGUCGUGCUGGUAAAAAAGCUGCUGUGCCGGUCGUCGCGCCCGGAGGAGCUUCUGGCGGCCGUGGCGCGACCACGACUAUGGCGUUCUCACCUGUUACAUUCUCAACUGUUACAUGGGUUUAUGAUGCAAGAAUGGCAAAAGUCAAAGCAGGGAGGUUGCAGCUGUAGCAUUACAAAUUCCGCACAGAUUUAGGCGCUGUUUAGCCUUUCCAAAAUUUGUCAUGCGAAGACGCUUCACCUUGUGAGUGUUGAUGUUCGUUUUGCAUUGCAAAUCAUGUAACAGUUGAGAAUGUAACAGUUGAGAACGCCAUAACGACGCACCUGUGGGUCGGGAGCGAGUUGGCCGGGACUGCCCAGUACGAGAGUUGGAAAAGCAUCGGUGACUAGUAGAAAUUUUUGCAUUUAUAAAAAAUAGUACAACAAAAAUCAAAUAUGCUUGUUGCUCACCAGCAAAAAAAAUUUCUACGUAAGAUUCGUUAUGCGGAUCUGACCUGGAGGAAAGAGGAAGAUUUCGAUUUGUCAUGCAUAAAUAGCAGUACGAAUACGACUACGAGUGUGCGAUACUUUUUCACAGGAUACAAAGGGAUUCCUGCAGGUCGACCGUGCGACUGCGGCGGAGAUGAAGCGGGUUGGCGAUGACGACGACGACGACAACCCGACGGAGAAGGUAGCACCUAAUUCAUUCCCAACCUAGCCAUCGCAUUUUUCGAGACACCAAAUUGAAAUUCUAAGCAUCACAAAUAGGACUAGGUCGCGCAGACCAGCGCGAACAGCGUGAGGGCCGGAAUGGGUCAACCACCUCUGUGGCCUCAUUUUUGUUCUCCCAUGGCCAGCGGCCCCUGCCUACAAAAAUGGUCUACGCCGUGGGAUUGCAGGAACGAGGCAUGCAGGCUACACAACCUGGUAAAGAAGUCGAAGAUGGCGCGCGCGCAUGCUAGAGAAGCAUGCGCGGCUUACUGCUCACCUCUUUUUUAUGUUCACACACUACAAAGGCACAUCCUGACGUCUAUGACGCGAAUAUGUAGAAUCUAGCGGGCUCGCAGCCCCUCUCUCCGGCGACGUGGUGGCCGAGCAAGCUAUGUGAGGGCACACGCCUCCCGUAGCGAGCCGUUACGCUAGCGACCUCUGCUGGGGAGGGUCCGGGGGGAUUUGUUGCAGCCUGUGUUGCGUCCGGCGCUGUUACCUCUCGGCGCAGUGCUGGAGCACGGUUCGACCCACGUCUGUGGGCGCAGAGUGCGACGUCCCGCAGCCACCUCUGUGGCGCGGGCGUUGCGGUGCGGUCCCUGUUGCGCGCCCCGCGACUGUAUGUAGCUGUACAUAGGACGCUGCGACGAAGCAGCGCGGGUACACUUUUAUACAGAAGCCUUGUCCGCCACUGAGAAGGGUGCGGCCCUUUGUUGUUGAGAACAUAGAUACGGACUAGAGCUACGACCCCAUGCGCCCGCAGAGCUGCGGGGAUUUGGGAAGGAGUUUGCGUUCGCCUCAGUAUGAUAACCAAAAUGCUACCCAAAUCACAUCAACAUGAAUCAGGUACCAACAGGGCGGAAGCGGGUUGGCGAUGACGACGACGACGACAACCCGACGGAGACGAGGGGAGCCGUUGCAUAUGAAAUAUCAAAUGGAAAUAUGUCUUGGUCUGGAAGGUCGCAACUUGUCAUGCUGUUUUUGGAUUCUAAAAAAAUUAGUAUUGCAUGACCAGCAAGAAAGGUCCAGUUUGUGCUACGCGGAGAGGGCAUUUCUCAUGCGGAAAGCGCAUCAGGAAGCCCUCUAAAAGUCUGUGGUGCUAGGUCAUGCAUUACAGGCAUCAGGGGUCAUGAGAAAUAUGCGUGACAAGUCUUGCAUUGUUCCAGACCCAGACAUAUUUGCAUUUGAUAUGAACCCAAAGCCGUGACGGACUGGGCGCAGGAGUGUGAGGAAUUGAAUGCGGAGUGGAAAGAACAAGCGGGACAAUGUCCUCCUGAUACCGCGUCAAAAGUAGUACUCGCACACAUGAUCGAGAAGGACUGUCCUCAUGUGAGUCCCGACGUCAACAAGUGGCCGAAAAUGCUUGGCCUCGAAAAAACCGACGCGACCGAAAAAUGUUACCGCCUUCUCGAAGGUUACUCUCAGUUCUCGACUCUCAUCCGCGGCGUCUUCAAUAUGGGACUCUCAAACGUUACACUCUCAAGUGUUUGAUACAUGACUUGUCAUGCAAAGUUAGAUGUGCCAUAGAUAAUGAUAACCCUAACCCUAAGCCGCCAGACGAUCUUCAAGCUGCUUCGCAUGACAAAUUCUCGAAGGGCUAAACAGCGUCUAAAUCUGUGUCAAAUGAUGUGCGUCGCGAGAGCUGCAAGCAUGUCCCUUAAUAUCUCACUGGUGCCUGCACCUGCUGUUGUUGCGUGACGAAAACAAAUGGAUCGAACAGUUGGGACUGUAACGUUUGAGAGCUCUUGUCCCAUACUCUAAGGCGGCAUGUUGUUGAGCGCAGAUACUUAUGCAUUGCAAAAGUAUCGCACUCGUAUAAAUGCAUUACAAAUUUCCUCAGCAUGAGAAUUUGCAAUGCUGAUUUACCUGAAGCUGAAGAAAAAGACUUGUAAUGCAUGAUUGCAAUACGAGCGCGAUACUUUUGCACAGGAUAAUACCAAGCUCAUCCGCAACGUGACCGGCGACUCCGCCCCUUCCCCGGAUCUGAGCGCUUGGGACGCUAUCGCGAAACACAAAUCGGUGAUCGACAUGAUCGAGGCCAAGAAAGAAAUGUACCAGCUGUACAUCGACCACUGGAAAUUAUGCCGUGUAAAAACAUUUAAGUUUAACAUUGCCACCCCAGAGUUGUCAUACACGUCUGCAAGCCUCAGAGUCAGACGUUUCUCAUGCGCAACCCCAUGAGGAGCACUCUGUAAUGCUGUCUGGCAGUUUGUCAUGCUAGAAUCAGGAUCAUGCCGCUACAAUUAUGUUGGCUAAAAAACGCGAGUUGUACACUCUGAGCCCAAAAUUGUCAUGCGCGACAGCCAAAAGAUGCUAGUUUAUGUAGUAAAGUCACCAUGAUCUUGAGGACUAUGGGGUGGGGACGUUUUUGCUCAGGAUAGAAAUGCGCGGAGCUGGGAAACGGCUGGCCGAAGGCCGAGGACUUUGUGGAAGACAUCAAUUUUCCCAGCAGCGAAAUCGGCCAGGCCUGGGAAAAAUACGUUGCCGAUGCCGUGGCGGGUCUCGACAAUUAUUUUACCAACUAAACAUGUUGUUGAACUUAAACUUAUUUACUUUUUUCGCUUCAGAAUCAAUCUUUCUCGCGAUCUAUUCCACCUCCGGUUUCAAGAGUACACUUUUUUUGUUUUUGUUUACAGCUGCACAUGUUGUUUCAAUUUAAUAUUUCAUUUCAUACAUGUAUGUCAAUCACCAGUUGGGUAUUACUCAUUUAUUCAUUCACUCGUCCACAUGACAGCGAUGCCUUUUGGUAUUUAUUGGGAAAACGAAAAGAAUCUUACUCAUCCACCAUAAUCCGCAAGAUAGAAGCACAAGAACCUGACAACUCCAAAAAUGUAAAUGUUAGUGCCUGUAGCUGUGCCGACGUACUUUCUUGCGACGGAGAGGGAGAGCUAGUACUUAGCAGUGUAAGAACUGCAACUGCCGUCAGCUUUCUCUCUCCUGUCGCAGCAGAUUAAAGUGCUGUCCAGCCGUUGUACUAACAGAGUCGCGUAUGUUGAUACUGCAGUGGUUCUUUUUACAAUUCACAGAUCAAAGCUGCGUCUUCCCGCUCCAGCAGGAGAACAACAAUAACGGCACACCAGUUACAAGAAGUUAUUCGAACUUUUAUCGCAUAUAAUUGCCGCUUGAGGAUCGUCUUGUUUCAGG